UCCACCCCGUCCAACUCUGCAUGGAUUAGCUGAUGCAAGAGGAGAGCCUUUUGUUGGCUUCGUACUUUCUACCUCCCGUUCUGCUCUUGCAUUUGCAAUGGGUUGGUUGCUGAUCUGACUUUGAACAGGCCCCGAAUCAUGAGUCUUCAGGCUCAGCCAAAGUCUUCAAGCAAAAGAGCUGGAAAGCGGAUUGCGUUUUUUAGUGAGCAAGAUGCUCUUCUGAAAGAAGCUCACCAGCAGCAGCAGCAGCAGCAGCAGCUAAAAGAAGGACAGUAUUACGGGCACGGAGGGAAUGUGCCUCCCACCCAGUCCAUGGAGCUGACCAAGGCAGGGGUUUUCAGCAGUGUUCCCAGCAAUGCUGCAUUGCUGAAUUCAAUGUAUCAGGACAGAGGGGAGGGGAGGAUGACAGCCCAGCAACUGGCUGCUGCCAAGUGGCAUAGUUCCCUAAUGGGAAACCAUUUGCCUGAUCGAAGUGAGGCAAAUUGGCAGCCUCAGCCCAGAGGGUGGACCCAUGGCAUAGUGUAUGGUGGCAACCAGAAAGGAGGACAUCCUAAUGCCAGCAUCCCAGAUUAUUAUGGCCACCCAGAUGCCCUGAAAAGGAACAGGGAGAAAGGGGGAGUGGUAUCACAGCUGGACCUGUAUGGGGAUGCCGUCCAGCAGAUGCUAUCCCAAAAGGCCCAGUUGGAACAGCAAGCAUUGGCCAGGCAGCAGGCCCAGAUGAGCUCUUUUCAGCAAAUGCAGCAGCAGCAACAGCAGCAGCAGCAGCAGCAACAACAGCAGCAGCAAAAUCAAAACCUCUCUUUGCAACCUUUCCAGCUGGCUUUUGGUCAGCAGGGCCAGAAGCAGGGUCUUCCUGAGUUGUUGCAUGUUCUUCAACAGGCUCCCACAUCUUCCAGCCCAGCUUUUACUGCUCAGCAGAAACAGCAGGCUCUUCCGCAGUUGCAGCUGUUUGAAAACUAUUAUUCCCAACAGCAGCAGCACCAUCACCACCACCAACAGGCAGGAGUGCAGACUUUUGGCGUUCAGCCAUUGGCUUCUGUACCACAGCCACAUCUGGGAGCACCCCCUCAGCCUGUUCAGCAUCAUAUGGUUUCCCAUCAGAUCCACCCAGUUUCUGAGAGGAACCAGGAAUUGCUGAAGGCUCUGACAGAGCAGAACCCCCAGUCAGUGCUACCACAGGCACAGAUCAAUCUCCCAAGGAGAUCACGCAGGCUCUCCAAGGAAGGUGUCCCACCAAUACCUUCUGGAGAAGGAACUCUGGUCUCCAAGGCAGCUGAGGACUACCCUGGGAACAUUGUGCCAACCCAUCCCUGGCAAUCACAGCAACACCCUGAAGUCCAGUUCCAACCUCAGUCUGAAAUGUUCAGUCACAAGGAAAGUUAUUCCCAACUAAGUAGGGCAGAACUAGACCAUGGGGAUAUGCCAUCGGGGAGUCAGCCAAGCCAGCCUGACAUGGAGAUGGUGAGCAUGUAUGAGAAUGCCCAAGAAGCAGGAAAACAGGUGGCUGCCACUGACGGCAUUGGUCCGAGAACGAAUGACUUUGGUGCGGUUAGAGGAGGAGUCAUCCAGAGUACCCGGAGGAGACGGCGUAUUUCUCAAGAGGCUAACCUCUUAACUCUGGCUCAGAAAGCUGUUGAGUUGGCUUCUCUUCAGAAUGUCAGGGAACCUGAAAUGUCAGAAGAAAAAAACAAGAGUGAAGCAACAGCAGCUGCACCAAGAAGUGUUGUAGAAUUUGCCAGCUCUUCCCCAGCCCCAAAGAGAAUCCGGGAGGAUAACAGCCAUGUGCCUCUCAUUAUUCCCGUGUCUGUGCCAGUGAAGAAGCUGGAUGCUCAAGACAUCACCAGGGAAAAGGGCGAGGAUGGAAAGCAGCAGCGGUUCCUACUUAAUGAUCAUGGGAUUGCAGACAGCAAGCCUUCUGUGAUUGUCACCCGGAGGAGGUCCAAUCGUAAUUUGAACAUGGACACAUCAGCUCAGCAUGAAGGCGCUGCUCCAAAAGAAGUGGAUGGUUUUGCGCGGAAGCCAAAACAACGACCAAGACCGGAGCCUCUUUUCAUACCCCCCAAAGCUGGCACCUUCAUUGCUCCACCAGUCUAUUCCAAUAUCACACCAUAUCAGAGUCACUUGCGUUCACCUGUCCGUCUGGCCGAUCACCCUUCUGAUAGGAACUUUGAGCUACCUCCUUAUACUCCCCCGCCCAUUCUCAGCCCAGUACGAGAGGGCUCAGGACUAUAUUUCCAUGCUUUCCUUUCUGCUACUGGUAGUACAGUUCCACCUCCAAUGACUCCAAAAGCUGCACACAGGACCCUACUCAGAUCUAACAGUACAGAAGCCACCCCUCCUGUCCUCUCAGUAAUGGGAGAGUGCACUCCUGUCAGCAUUGAACCGCGGAUCAACGUGGGGCCUCGUUUUCAAGCAGAAGUCCCACUGCUUCGAGAUCGAUCUCUGGCAGCCUCUGAUGUGGCCAAGGAGCAGUUGGUGUGGCAGCCCUGGGAGGAACUGGAAAAUAAUUCGGCAAUCCAGGAGAAUGUGGACAACCUGGUAACAGCUGCAUGUUCAAGCAUAUUUCCUGGUGGUGGUACCAAUCAAGAGCUGGCAUUUCACUGCUUACAUGAAGCAAAAGGAGACAUUGUGGCUACUUUGACCAAAAUGCUGCUGAAGAAAUCAGUGCAUUCUCCGAGCCACCCGCUGGCAGAUUACCACUACACUGGGUCAGACAGCUGGAGUGUGGCUGAGAAGAAACACUUCAAUAAGGGAAUUGCUAUUUAUAAGAAAGACUUCUUCCUUGUCCAGAAACUUAUAAAAACCAAGACUGUGGCCCAGUGUGUGGAAUUCUACUAUACUUAUAAAAAACAAGUCAAAAUAGGCCGGAAUGGGACUCUCAUCUUUGGGGAUGUUGACACUACUACUGAAAGAGCUGUUAAAGAUGAAGCUGAAGUAGAUAUAAAGAGCUCCCAUAGGCUUACACGUACUCUUCCUCCCAGAACAUAUAACGAAGACUAUGAAAACACUGAAGAUGAGGAUCUUGAAGAAGUUGAGGAAGAGAUGUCAAUUAAAGAGGAAGCAGUGGAAGGGGACGAGUUGUAUGGCAAAAGCAGCAAUUUGGCGCCUUCCAAAUCAACUCCUCUUCGAGAGGUUGAGGAACAAGCUAGUAAUCUCCAUAUGGAAAAACAUCUGGAAUCUGGUGCCCCAGGAAGACAAGAAGUCAGAGGCAGAACUUCAAGAAGGACAAAGGAGGCACCCAUUAAAUAUCGGAAGAAUUCGCCACCAGUGCAAAAGAGAAGGAGAAAACCGAAACCCAAACAAGAAACGGCCAACAAAACCCAGAAUCAAGAGGAGGAAUUUCCAUGUAAAAAAUGUGGCAGAAUCUUCAACAAGGUGAAAAGUCGGAGCGCUCACAUGAAAAGCCAUGCCGAGCAGGAGAAAAAGGCCGCAGCUCUGAAACUGCGAGAGGAGGAGGCAGCAGCGGCAGCUGCCGCAGCGGCUGCAGCAGCAUCAGCACACAGUAGAGCUCAGCGCGAAGAAAGUGGGAGCGGUCAUGGGAGCAGCAGCGGCAGCAGUAGCUCGGAUGAAGACGGCGAUGUUUAGCCCAGGACCUGCAGAGGUUGAGGGCCUGGUCCUGACUGCUCCAGCCUUGCUUCUACUUCUUUUCC